UACGUGCGUUUGGAGUCACGCAAGCGUAUUGAGGAUCUUUUAAUGUUCGGCAAAUAGGUUGCGCAAUACAAUUUACGUUAAAUUGUAUGGUCGAAAAUAGAUUAAGCUUAGUUUCACUUUCGGUUUUGUGCCGUUUCUUCGAUCUUCUGUGCAGGCAUACACACACAUAUUUUCUGACAUUUUUGCCCACGAAAAAAGUUUUUCCGCAAAAAUUUUCGUCGCAUUUUGUUGUUUGUAAAUUUCACUUUUCGAGUGAGAAAGAGAAACCAUUUUUUAAAAUGGGUCGCUUCACUGAACAAAGUGAAUCAACUGGAUUCAUUAAAGAUUUAUUCCAGAAAUUACAAAGCAGUUUAAAUGCCGAACAAGUGAAAAACUUUGCCAAUUUGGAAGACGAUGCAUCACGUUAUAAAUUUAUUUCAAAUAAUCCGGUGAUCAAAGAUUUUCAAAUUACACUCUAUGAUAAAUCAAUAAAAAAUGACGAUCUGGCCAACGAAUAUAAACUGCGAGGGAAUCGGGAGUUUCAAAAGAAAAACUGGACCGCUUCAAUUGAAUCGUAUAACAAAGGUUUGCUAUUGAUGCCACCAGAAAAUGCAAAAGAAAUUUCGAUUCUGUUGGCAAAUCGAUCUGCAGCACUGUAUCAUUUGGAAAAAUUCGAACACGCACUCGAGGAUAUUGAAUUGGCCGAAGAAAAUUAUCCGGCCGAAAUGAUGUAUAAACUAAAAGAGCGCACCGCACGAUGCCAUUUAGCAAAGAAAUCAUAUGAGAAGGCACUGAAAGCAUUUAUGGAAACCAUAACUCAUUUGGAUGAAUCAAAAUUGCCGAUGGAAAAACGUGGUAAAUUGGAGAAGGAUGCACAGAUUAUGAUCAAAAUGCUGCCAAAACAAGUAGAGUAUGAGAAGAAAAUGAAUAUGAAUUGCGCGAAGAAGAAUGCGAAUUCAUCAGCACUAUCCGUUACACAAUUGAGCAAGUCGGUUACAUUUGACUACAACGAAAAUGAAGGGCGAUUCGUAAAAACAAACCACGAAAUAAAAUGUGGUGAAGAAAUACUUGUUGAACAGGCCAUCUGUGCCACGCUUUUUGAAAAAUUCGCCAAAUCUCACUGUCAAUUCUGUUUUGCGAGAUCGAUCACUCCACUGCCAUGUCCAAAUUGUAUCGACGUGAUUUUUUGCUCGAAAAAAUGCCGCAACGCAGCCAUUUAUACUUACCAUAAAUUCGAGUGUGGAAUGUUAGAGUCCAUUUGGAGUUCGGGCUCUUCCAUCAAUUGUCAAAUGGCAAUGCGGUUAAUAUCGCAAAGACCAUUGUCGUACUAUCGAAGCAUUCGCGACCAAUUAAAAUCUGAUAUGAGUAUCGAAGAAAUGACCAAAUUGCCAUCGCAUGACUAUCGACGUGUUUAUAGCAUGGUUUGUCAUGAUAAGAUGCGACCCACUUAUAGUUAUUUGCAGUAUUCAUUUAUGGCAACAUUUUUGGUGAAAAUUUUGGACGCAAAUCAUUAUUUCGAUAGUGAUAUCAGUGGAAAAACCGGCGAUAUGUGCGAAGAUGAUCGAAUUUUUAUCGGUGAAUUGAUUUUACGCAAUUUACAAAUACUUCAAUUCAAUUCACAUCAAGUAUUUGACUUGCUAAAAUCCAGCAAAACAGGAGCCAGACAGACGGUUGCAAUCGGCGCUGCUUUAUACACAACAUUGUGCUUGUUUAAUCAUUCAUGUAAUCCCAGCAUUGUUCGAUAUUUCAAAAAUACGACGGUGCAUGCGAUUUCGAUUCGAAAUAUGAAACCGGGUGAACAAGUAUGCGAAAAUUAUGGUCCUUUGUACAGUCAAAAUUCGCGAGCCGAUCGUCAAAAGAAAUUGAAAGACUUUUAUUGGUUUGGUUGUGCGUGCGAAGCGUGCCAACAAAAUUGGCCAGUCUACGACGAAAUGAACACGAAUGAAAUUCGAUUCAAGUGCAAUGGCAAGAAGUCAUGCAACAACGUUAUAGCUAUUCCAUCGGACUGCAACGAAUUCAUGAUCAAAUGCAUUCAAUGUGGUGAAUUUACAAACAUUUUAAAAGGAUUGAAAUCUGUCCAAGACACUGAAAUUUUGGAAAAAACCGCCAAGCGUCUAUUCAACGAGGGGAAAAUGGAUGAGGCACUACGAAAGUAUAUUGAUAUGAUGAACAUCUUUGACGAGGUGAUUGCUCCGCCAUUUCAAGACUAUUGUAAAACACAACAAGCAAUCAAAGAGUGCUUGUUGGAGUACGGUAAUCGAAUUCAAGUGGAGUAACUCAAUUGAUGCCAAGAGGAGUAAACAUCGUCUUAUGCAGAGAAGUAAUAAGAGAAGGACUCUGGAAUUUCAAUUUAAAAAAAAUCAUUAGGAAAUUUGAAAAAAAAAACUCUCAAAGUUUUAUUGCAAAUAUUCAACCUUUUUUUUAUUUUAUUAACGUUGUCAACAAUAUCUAAAAUUUUAUCAAUUUUUUUAUAUGUCUUUUUUGCAUAUUAUUCUUUUUUCUGUGUCAAAAUAUCAACUCUCUUUCUAAAUUCUAAAAAUAAAUGUACCGAACAGCA